CGAAUAUGAUAGCAAUCGGUAUCAGAUCGCCUAUUGAAACUAAUUACCUCCGCACUUUUCACCAGGAACAAGCGACUUGUUUGUCAAUUCUGGGGGUCGGAUUCUUAUCAGGAGUCAUAACUCUGAUUGAUUUAAUUGGGGAUCAUUGAUACUUCAAGAAAUUUUUAUAGCGAUAUGUAAAAGGAAGAUGACAUUCCAUCGACUGUGAUUCGGUGAGUAAUUAUCAGUAAGUGAAGAAAUGUCGGCGAUACCUGAGAUACCUGGGGAUUCUGGCAAAUGGCGUCAAUUCAUCGCGACAAUUUUGAUGAACCUGGCGGUGCUGGGGUGUGGUGUGAGUAUGGGAUGGAAUUCCCCGAUGAUUCCUCAUCUUCAGAGUGAUGAUACCCCAGUGGGCAGCAGUCCGAUGACUGAUGACCAAGUGUCAUGGCUGACUUCGGCGAUGCCCUUGGGUGCUUUGAUAGUCCUUCCCUUCUGCAGUGGAAUGGCUGAGCACUUCGGGAGGAAGAUCACCACGUGUUUUGUCGCUGCACCCCUCGUUGUCUGCUGGGUCCUCACGAUUUUCGCCACAAAUUUCACGUACCUCUUGUUCGCGCGAUUUCUCGCGGGUUCUGCGUGUGCCCUCGGCUUCUUCGUUGUUCCCAUUUACGUCACCGAAAUCUCGGAGGCAAGUGUCAGAGGACUUUUUGGCAGUCUUCUGCUCUUCUCCUUCAGAAUUGGCAUCGUCGUGGGGUAUGUCCUGGGGGCUGUUCUAUCGUACCGCAUGUUCGCUUUUUGUGGUCUGGUGAUUCCCGCUAUUUUCCUGGGGAGCUUCGUCUUCAUGCCGGAAACCCCGAUUUAUCUCGUCAGGAAGGGAAAAAUUGCGGAGGCCAAAAGGUCGCUGAUGUGGUACCGGAAGGAGAACAAACCGAUCGUCGAGGACGAACUCAGAGGACUCCAAUCACUGAACAAGGAAUCCCUGGACGACAGCGACUCCGUGGGCUUUAGGGACCUGUUCAGAGACCCUGGGACCACCAGGGCAUUCAUCAUCUGCGUGGGACUCGUGACAGGACAGGAAUUAUCCGGAAUAUCGCCGAUGCUGUCGUACACCGCGAGUGUCUUCACCGGAGCAAAUAUUUCGAUGUCGGCAAAUCAUGCAGCAAUAGUAGUGGGUGGUGUCCAGCUUCUGGGCUGCUGGUUAUCGUCAGUGCUGAUGGAUCGAUUAGGAAGACGAAAACUCCUCUUCAUAUCCUGCGUGUCAAUGGCCGUGUGUCACGGAGCUUUUGGUAUCUUCUCACUGGUCAAAUCGUACGACUACGACGUCUCCUCGGUAUCGUGGAUCCCAGUGAUGGCACUAUCAACUUACGGCAUCAUGUAUUCCCUAGGGAUGGGUCCAGUCCCCUUCGUCGUCAUGUCCGAGGUCUUCGCCGCGGACAUAAUGAGUUUCGCCAGUUCAGUUGUCUUCGCCAUGGGCUGGGCCUGCUCCUUCCUCGGGACGAAAUUCUUCCCCCAGAUCAUCAGCACUCUGGGCUUUCACGGGUGCUUCCUUUUGCUCGCCUUCAUGUGCCUCUACAUCCUCGUCUUCACGUACUUCCUUGUACCUGAAACAAAGGGCCGGAGUGUCGAGUCCAUCCUCAAAGAACUCAACGACGGCAAGAAGAGAAAAAAGAAAGACCCUUUCCCCGAGGCUGCUGUCGAAAUGAUAACAAAAAGUAUAAAUAGAACUGACUGAAUGACUCCCGAUAUUCCUGAUAUUAGUGUAAUUUGAGUAUUGAAUAAAUUAUUUUAGAUGAUAAACCAAACAAAAAACUCGACACUUUCUCCUAUCAAUUCAUAAUUAACGAAUUAGAAUCGCUUAUUGAGUGACAAUAACAAUUAAUUUCAUGUUGUUGAUCUAAUCGUUUUUUCACUCGUCCAAUUAAUUUUAUUUUUAUAGCAUUGUCGAGGGGCCUGGGAUGAGCAAUGAGAUAGCAAUUAAUUAAAAGAUUGCAAAUUAAUCAAUUGUUCAAGUAUUUUUGGACGUCUCGAGUUUUAAUAUAAAUUUUGAUAAGAUUUAAUCUAUGACACUUGGAGCUGGGAAAAAACCGGUAUCACUAAAAAAUCACAGUUAACACCGUUGUAAAAUAUUCAGUAUUGAAUAAACACAGAGUAAUCUCUCAUAUCAGAAGAAAGUUUUGUACGAGAGAAGGAGAGAUUACUCUCAGAUGGUGAGCGGCAAAAUCUCCAGUAGUCACUCAUCGUCGUGACCUGGUGGGAUGGAU